CGUUCCGCCGGAAGUGACGCCGCUGGCGGCCGUGCGCGGUGGCGGUGGGCGAUGAAAUGUUUUUCGUAUGUUGAACUCCACGUCGGGUUGUCUCAUUGCUGCACGUUCGGAACUUCGUAAAAAGUAGGAAGUCAAGAUGAAGAGCAGGGUGACACAAGUAAAUCAUGGUUCCAGUUACGAAAGGAAGGAAAACUACAGUUCGCGCCAAAAAAGUUUGUCUCCAGAGGACAGGGAUAUAGAGCAUGACAGGCCUCCAUCUCCCAGAAAGAGAAGGUACUCUGAUGACAGCAGAUAUGAUCAGGAAUAUUCAAGAAGGGAAUACUAUGAUGACAGAACUUCAGAAGGAAGAAGGAUGGAAAGGGGAAGAGAGAGAUACCAUGAUAAAUGGGAGGAGAAAGAAUCUGAUCGAAGGAGACAGAGAAGAUACUCAUCACCUGACCAUAGGAGUCCAGAGAGGUCGACAGUCCAGAGCUCACUUGCUCAUGAUGAGACCACUUCAAAGAAGAAGAAAGAAGAAGUGGAUCCAAUCCUUACUCGCACGGGUGGUGCAUAUAUUCCACCUGCCAAGCUCAGGAUGAUGCAGGAACAAAUCACUGAUAAAAAUAGCUUGGCGUAUCAGAGGAUGAGUUGGGAAGCCUUGAAGAAGUCGAUCAAUGGUCUUGUCAACAAAGUGAAUGUUUCUAAUAUUGAAAAUAUCAUUCAUGAGCUCCUUCAGGAAAAUAUUGUUCGGGGAAGGGGAUUGCUAUCUAGAUCCAUUCUCCAAGCUCAGAGUGCCUCUCCAAUUUUUACCCAUGUUUAUGCUGCUCUUGUGGCCAUUAUCAAUUCAAAGUUUCCAAAUAUUGGUGAAUUGAUUCUCAAGAGGUUGAUACUAAAUUUUCGCAAAGGAUAUCGCAGAAAUGAUAAGCAACUCUGUCUAACAUCUUCAAAGUUUGUGGCACAUUUGAUGAAUCAGAAUGUGGCUCAUGAGGUUUUAUGUUUGGAAAUGCUCACUUUGCUUCUUGAAAGGCCUACUGAUGACAGUAUUGAAGUAGCAAUUGGAUUUAUUAAAGAGAGUGGGCUCAAAUUAACAGAAGUUUCUCCUAGAGGUAUUAAUGCAAUCUUUGACCGUCUUCGACACAUUCUGCAUGAAUCUAAAAUUGAUAUGCGUGUUCAGUAUAUGAUAGAAGUCAUGUUUGCUGUACGGAAGGAUGGCUUCAAGGAUCAUCCAAUCAUUCCAGAGGGAUUAGAUCUAGUGGAGGAGGAGGAUCAGUUUACUCAUAUGUUGCCAUUAGAAGAUGACUACAACCCAGAGGAUGUUCUUAAUGUUUUCAAGAUGGAUCCAAACUUUAUGGAAAAUGAAGAGAAAUACAAAACGCUGAAGAAAGAAAUUCUUGAUGAAGGUGACAGUGAAUCUGAAGCAGAUCAAGAGGGUGGAAGUAGUGAGGAAGAUGAAGAGGAGGAGGAGGAGGAGGAUGAAGAUGGUCAGAAAGUUACUGUCCAUGACAAAACAGAAAUUAACCUGGUCUCCUUCCGUCGUACAAUUUAUCUUGCUAUUCAGUCAAGCUUAGACUUUGAAGAAUGUGCUCACAAAUUACUGAAGAUGGACUUUCCUGAAAGUCAGACCAAAGAACUCUGCAAUAUGAUACUUGAUUGCUGUGCCCAGCAAAGAACGUAUGAGAAAUUCUUCGGGUUACUGGCAGGGCGUUUCUGCAUGUUAAAAAAAGAAUAUAUGGAAUCCUUUGAAGCUAUUUUCAAAGAACAAUAUGAUACUAUUCAUCGUUUGGAAACGAACAAACUGAGGAACGUUGCCAAGAUGUUUGCUCAUCUCCUGUACACCGAUUCAAUUCCCUGGAGUGUCCUUGAAUGUAUAAUACUGAGUGAAGAAACUACCACAUCCUCCAGUAGAAUUUUUGUAAAAAUAUUCUUUCAGGAGCUCAGUGAAUAUAUGGGACUACCUAAUCUAAAUGCAAGAUUAAAAGAUGAAACAUUGCAGCCUUUCUUUGAGGGAUUAUUGCCUCGGGAUAACCCAAGGAACACUCGCUUUGCAAUCAAUUUCUUCACUUCUAUUGGCCUUGGAGGACUAACGGAUGAAUUACGGGAGCAUCUUAAAAAUGCACCAAAACUGAUAAUGACACAGAAACAAGAUGUUGAGUCAUCAGAUUCAUCUUCAUCUUCAGAGACAGACUCUUCCUCAGAUUCUGAUUCUGACAGCAGCAGUAGUAGCUCAGAGUCAUCCAGCAGCAGUGACUCCUCAUCGAGCAGCGACAACAGUAGUGACUCAGAUGUUCCUAAGGCCAAAAGAAAGAGAAUGCAAAAGAAGAAUAGAGAAUCUGAAAAAGUUUCCAGGAAAAAACAAGAACAGAAAAGGAAAUCACUUGAAAAGAAAAUGAGGAGGCGUCAGCAAGAGGAAAGAAGUGAUACUGAGAGCAAAUCAGAAAGAAAUCACCGGAACUUGAGAGAAUCACACAGGAGAGAUGACGUAUCAAAAUACCAUCACAGAGAUGAGUCCAAUGGCAGAGAUGGUUACCAUAGUGGAAAGGAUAGGAACCAUGAAAGAAGUAAGGAUCUAGAAAAUAAACACAGUAAUUCAAAACUGAAGAAAGCAGAGAGAAGAGCUUCUUUGUCUGAUGAUGAAAAUUACAGACACUGGAGCAAAGAUAAUGGACAUCGCAGCAGAAAAAGAGAAAGAUCAAAAUCUAGAGAGAGAGGCCAUAACAAUUCAAGUCCAAGAGAGGAGGAACAAGAAGACAGAUACGGAAAUGGUUCCGAGAAAUACCGUGAGAAGCACAGCCGUUACUCUGACCAGUACAGAGAACCCAGAAAGAAUGAGGACAGACGAAGGGAUAGUUCUCCACACAGACGAAAAUAAUACCUAACCAGAGUUUGAAAUCAAUGUGCAUUUCUGAGCUAUUAAAACUGUAUUUUAAAAUCUAUUACUGAACUUUCCUUAAAAAAAAGAUUUUGUACAAAGUGAUAGUUUGCAUUUGUAAGUUUUCUCAGACUUUUUCAAAUUUUCAGUACCACUUUUUUUCUAAGUAUUGUUAUGAGGCUUUCUUUUAAAUUCUUACUUUGGAAAGGCAAAGCUGUUUAUUUUGUGAAUAAAACUGUUAAGAUCUUAGCAAAACGGGUGUUUUUGUCAGUUUCAGGGGUUUGUACCUUUAUGGUCUGAAAAGCAUUGGUUUUUAACUUUGUUAAUUGAAAGAUACUGAAGGUAGGGUGAUAAAUCUAAGUGUUGCAGAUUAUGAUGCAAAUGCUACAUGAGAAGGGUUUAUGAAAAUUUUCAAACAUCGCAAGUGUUUCAGGCAUUCUGUAGCUGUAUAUUUUUUCAGCUGCACAGACAUAAAAGCAAGUUUGACCAAUAUUUUCAGGAAAUACUUCAGGUGACUUUUUUUCCUCUUCUUCAAGAGUUAAAAAUUGGAAAAGCAAUAUUACUGUUUUAAAUUUCACAUUUGAAUGUGUGUCAACUUUUUCUGUUACUUUUCACAAUGUUUUUUAAUACUGUAACAUCCUGAGCUAGUCACACUUGUGAUUUUAGAGAUAGGGGAAGAAAUGUCGUGGGGUGGUGCUUUUUUUUUUGAGGGGUUUUUUUUUCCUUUCUAAAUAAAAAUUUGAUUCUUAAAGUCAUACAUUUCAACUAGCCCUGCAAAGGAAGUGUUUAAGGAACAUCUUUCACAGUGUAUAAUAAUAGUAAUAAAAUUUAAAUACACUUUUUUUUUUAUUUUUCCCAAAAAACUUUUUUACACUUUUUGAACUACACAUCGUGAAGUGCUCAAGUUUAUUGGAAGUAAAGUUUUGGGGGCUGGUGGGUAGAAUUCAGUUGCUGCAGCAGUUUAUAAUGUAUAAUGGUUCUACCUGGAGUCAUUUGAAGCAACUAGCUCAGAAUUCUUUGUAUGAGUAAUGAAUCAAAAUCAUCUGGUUAAGACUUAAAAUCUCACUAAUAACAAAGGAGAAUUUUUUAAGUCUUUUGGCAUAAGUAGGAAAUAGUGUGGACAGUAGGAAGGACAGAGGUAAUGGUUGUAUAUUAUGUAAUUGAGGCUGUCACUACUUUUUUUUUUACUUUGUGAAACAUAUUUCAUGUGUACAUCAUAUUUCAUCUUGUAUAAAGCAUAGAAAAUAUUUGAGCUGUUUUAUAACAGAAAAUAGAACAAUUCCUAAGGAAAUAGAUCAGUUUUGCCUAAAUCUUGUCAACAUUUUUCUAAGAAAAAUGUCAUAUUCAGAAUUUUUUUCCUGUAUUUAUCAGAACUUAGUUCUGUAAGCUUUCAUGUAAUAAAACAUUUUGAGUCAAAAAUAUUUGCAUGGAAAAUAAAUUCAGAGAAAAAAUAAGUUUUCUAUCUUAUAUACCACACAGCUAAAAAUGCUGUAGCGGUAUCACAAGGUAUAUGUUGUUUAAACUGUGGUGGUUUUUUGUCCAACGCACUUCUCAUUUUCAAAAUGAUUUGUGCAUUUUGGCAGUAUGUGUUAAUUCCAGGAAAACAAUUUGAAAGAAUGCUUUCUAAAAAGAAUUCUGCUGAUAAUGUAGAGCUGCUUUGAUAGCUCUCUAUGAACAUUAUUGAAAAUUAUUUGUACUCAUAAUGGUUUAUUUGUACAAACUUAAUUUAUCUAGAGUAAUACUUCAUUUACUAUGUUAUGGGUUUAAUAGCAUAAAUUUUAUUAACCCAUAACUUCUGAGAUAUUCUGUUCAAGUUAACAAGCAUGUUAAUUACAUCUAUAAUAAAUGGGACUACAUUAAAAUAAUAAAUGUGAAAACAUUAAAACAUUUAUUAAAAAAUAAAGCAUUUGAUCCUUGAAAAUGAAUCAGGAAAUGCCAACUUAAA